ACACACCUUCAGUUGAUAAUUUCUGUUGGUCAACAACGCAUCGAGAACCGGGAGUCGUAAAACCGUAUCCACUUAAUAUAUUUACUACAUUAAGCCAAAUUCGUCACCAUGUGCAACGCUCUCUGUGAAUGCCUCAAAUGCCCCGGCAAAGUUGUUUGCUGCUGCUGUUCGUGCGCCUGCAAGAUGCUCCUGAGUAUCGUGUUUUCUGCGCUCCUGAUGGUCGUGGUUAUCGGCUUGAUUGUCUACUUCACGGUCUUCUAUCACAAGGAUAAAACGACGGAGGUGCAGAAUCAGGUCGCCCAAUUGGCGCCCAUUGUGAAGCGCAGCAUACGCGACUACUUCAGUAAGGAAUACUGAUUUCGAGGACAUGAAUUUAUACUAUAGGCUAUAGGCAUUAAUAAUAACUCAGAAAAAAACGAAACGAAAGUAAACGAAACCAAAACCAAAA